GUCUCCAGCCCGCCCCUUUGGCGGUUGGCGAGAAGGGAAGAGGGCGGGGCGCUCUGCGAGAGCGGGGCAGUGAGUUGGAGGGGAUACGUCCGCGAGGCGUGACGUAGCGCGUCGUCAUGGCGCCUGCAAGAUGGCGGCCCCCUGAUGGGGAGAGUUGUUGAGAUGCGGAAAGGAGGCUCUUGUGGAGACAAAUCUCUCUGCCCGCCUGUCCACACGUAGGGAGGGUGCUAAGAUGCAAGUGAGCUUUUGACAGCGGGGGAAGAGAGAAAGAGAGACUGUAUGUGAAAAUAUUGGGCCAAAACAGCUACCAAGGUUCUUCAGGCCCAGGGAAUAUAACUGUCUGGCUGGCACUAUGCUGAAUAAGCAACCCGUUCUCGGGGAAUCCCUCGUCGUAUUCGCCAUCGUGUUUUGUGUGCACAGUGCGAUCUGGGACCGCUUUUCCUGGUGUGCCAUCGCCCUCGCCAUCCAGGCUUUUUACAUCCAGUUUAAAUGGGACAACCUCCUUCGCCUGGGGAGUGCCGUCUUCCACUUCCGGACAGCGGCCAACAGCGGCCUCUUGCCAGCUUGCAUGGCCAUCCCGCUGCUGGGCAUUGUGAUGAAAGAAAGGUGCAGAGCGGCCGGUAUCGUGUAUUUCGAACGUUUCGGCGUUGUGAUGGCCUCCACCGGCAUGAUCAUAGCCCUGUUCCUCUCUGUGAUAGCACUUGGAAUUACCAAACCUGUGCCGACAAACACCUGUGUGGUCUCUGGCAUCACCGGCAGCCUGAUAAUCUACACUGUAAAGCAUUCUUUGACCGUCUCGGAAGUGAUCGAGGUCCUGGAGGUCCUCCUGAUAUUUGUCUACCUCAGCAUGAUACUGUUAUACUUGCUGCCUCGAUGCUUCACUCCUGGAGAGGCUCUGCUCAUCCUGAUGGGCAUCAGUUUUGUCCUCAAUCAGCUCAUCAAACGCUCUCUGAACAUAACUGAAAGCAGAGGGGACCCGAUCGACUUCUUCCUCCUAGUGAUGGUGGUCGGAGUGGUUCUCCUUGGGAUCUUCUUCACCGCCCUCUUUUUCUUCAUGGAUUCGGGGACCUGGGUUUCCUCUAUGUUCUUCCAUAUGAUGACCGCGGUGCUGGGCCUGGGGGUCAUCAUGCCGUGGCUCUACCGCCUGAUCCGGAAGAACCCCUUGUUUUGGCUCUUCCAGUUCCUUUCUCAAACGCAGACCAGAGUUUACCUCCUCGCCUACUGGACCCUUUUGGCUGCUUUGGCGUGUGCCAUGGUGCUCUAUCAAAACACCAAGAGGUCGUCUGGUUCUAAAAAGCACCAAGCUUCAACCAUAACCAGGAAAUACUUCCACUUUGUUGUGGUGGCUACAUACAUUCCGGGGCUCAUCUACGACCGCCAUCUACUAUACGUCGCCGCUGUGGUGUGCCUGGCGGUCUUUAUUCUUCUGGAGUACAUCCGAUACUUCACCAUCAAGCCCUUCGGACACACACUUAGGCACUUCCUCUCUCUCUUUUUGGAUGAAAGGGACAGUGGGCCUUUAAUCCUGUCCCACAUCUACCUUCUGCUUGGGAUGUCCCUCCCUGUAUGGCUGUUCCCUAGACCUUGUGCCCCCAAAGGUACUUUGUCUGGGGCAGGAGCUUUGGCUCCUUACUCUGGGGUUCUGGCUGUGGGAGUUGGGGACUCGGUAGCCUCUAUUUUUGGGAGCACGGUGGGCGAGGUCAAGUGGCCGGGGACGAAGAAAACAUUUGAAGGGACCAUGACGGCCAUAUUUGCCCAGAUCAUUGCUGUUGCUGUCAUUCUGAUCUUCGACAGUGCUGUGGAUCUGAACGCCAGCUACUCCUGGAUUUUGGCAUCGAUUAGUUUGGUUUCUCUUUUGGAAGCCUAUACAUCACAAGUGGACAACUUACUCCUGCCUCUGUACCUCCAGAUCCUGCUGAUGGCUUAGGGGGCCUGGGUGGGAAGAAAGGUUCCUUUUGGUGGAUUAAUGACAUUGACGGGCGGGGAGGGGUAUAUCUGUGGGGCAAUGUCUUGAGUCGGCGUAGUGAAAAGAGAGAUCAUGGCUGUUAUGUGCAAAUAUAAAUAAAUAAAUGGAUAACAAUGUCAAAAUAAUUG